UAACCCUAUUGCUUAUUYAGAUCAUGAUAGCAAGAUGUUUGGACAAAAAGUAUCGACGGACGAUUUUCUUGGUCGUCUUGGCAGUUGUCGGCAUUGCUCUCUUCGAUAUACUGUAUUCUUACAACCAAGAUAUCUUGCCAAUUCAAAAAAGGGUCACUCCAAUUUUACCCUUGUGUCGUAAUGUUCUACAAGUAAUGCGCGAAGGUUCGUGGUUUAAAAAGCCUUAUAUAACAACAGAUGACGUCAAACGACGGUACGAUAUGAACAUCAUUCUGCGAAAACAUCGAGGGCAGCCAACUUAUCUCAAUCGGAGCGACUUUCGAUGUGGGAUCAACUAUCUCAUCCAUGCGCCAGAUUUCGGCCCUAAAAUACCAGCACUGUGCAUGCGCAAUAGUGACAGACAUUGCUGUAACGCUGAUGGACUGUGCAGUAAUGGACAAGGCAACUGCUCAUGCGCAGAAUGCACGGAUUUUCGAAAUAUUGUGGAGGCCGAGUUGUAUGAUUGGCUGCCAUUACGCUGCAAAAUCAUGAACUAUAGUACUACCACGCAUGCGCAAGGAUUUCUCAAGCCACCAUCGUUUAGAAAGAUGGGGCAAAACAAUGACAAAAUUUCCCAGUAUAAUCGAGUAAUGCGUGAUAAGCUAAAACAGAAAGGGGUAGAAGUUUUUGAUGUUUUUCCGAUGACUAAAGGUGUUCAUAGUUACGAUGGCACUCACUACGGUUAUGGCAUGAACAUGAUCAAAGCACAGUAUCUUUUAAACUAUAUUCAUCAGACUAUACAAGCAAAGUAGCUAUUAUUUGGUAUGGUAGGGUCAGGACAAGGGUAGGAAAUGGUAUGAAUAUGAUYAAAGCACAAUAUCUUUAGAUUAUAUUCAACAAACUAUACAUGCGCAGUAACAGUCUUGCCUCUAGCGGACUUUGAAAGUAUUACYUUCGAGGUAAAUUAAUGUCUUGACACACUUUGGAAUAUUCGUCGCGCCAACUUGGAGUCGUAAACUUGAAAACAUUAGCCUAAUCUUUUCAAGUUUACUCGCGCAUGCGUGUCAUUGACAGUGUCCCUUAAAGAAUCUAUAUCGCAAAAACUUUUCCAUUUAGAGAGCUCACAUUUUAAAGAAAAGCUAGGUAAAUACCAUUGACUCAUUAUUAUUUCAGACGAAAAUGWCGGGACUAUCAAAAAUUGACACUCAUGGGCUCUAAGCCAUGAAAAUACCAAAACAGCAUUUUCUUCAAUUUGCAUGUGUAAAUAUAAUCUCUAGUUUAAGGAUGAUUGAUGACAUKUCAUUUCACAUUGUUUUUUUAUCAUACUAAUUCAUAAGG